UAUUUAUUGUUUUACGUACACUGUAGGUUCAGUUCUUUUAACAAAGCGCCAAAAUUCAACCGCGCUCAUAUGUUUCCGGUAAUUUUUGACUUUGCAGACGCUUAACAAAGUAGUUAGUCAGUGAUUAAAAAUGUCUCGUACUCCCAAAAGAGCUUGUUCCAGUCCUCUAAACGACAGUCUGGAGAAGAGAUUAAAACGGGUUUCUGUUGAGGGAAACAUCGCGGCGGGAAAGUCCACGUUUGUCCGCCUGUUGGAGCAGUAUGAUAAAGAGUGGGAAGUAGUGCCUGAGCCCAUCGCCAGAUGGUGCAAUGUACAAAGUCAACAUGACGAAUUUGAGGAGCUGACCACAUCUCAAAAGAGUGGGGGGAACGUAUUGCAGAUGAUGUAUGACAAGCCGGAACGCUGGGCUUACACAUUCCAGAGUUAUGCAUGCAUGAGCCGUGUGCGCGCCCAAAUCAACUUGGCCAGUAGCAGACUGUGCCACACAGAGAACCCUGUGCAGUUCUUUGAAAGAUCAGUCUACAGUGACAGAUACAUCUUUGCAGCGAAUUUGUAUGAGAGCGAGUGUUUAAAUGAGACUGAGUGGGCCAUUUAUCAGGACUGGCACAGCUGGCUGCAUAAACAAUUUGGCCAGCACAUCGAGCUGGAUGGCAUCAUUUACCUGAGGGCCAAACCAGAGAGGUGUUUGGAGAGGUUGCAUAUGAGAGGCAGAGAGGAGGAGCAAGGGAUUCCGCUGGAGUAUCUGGAGAAACUCCAUUACAAGCAUGAGUGCUGGCUACAGCACAGGACUCUGAGUAUGGACUUCGACUAUCUUUGUGAGGUUCCCAUUCUCACUCUGGAUGUCAAUGAUGACUUUAAAGGCGAUAAAUUCAAAUGUGCUAGCAUGAUUGAAAAGGUGAAAGACUUUCUCAGAACUCUAUGAACUGGAAGAGCACGUGUGUGUGUGUGUGUGUGUGUGUGUGUGUGUGUGUGUGUGUGUGAGAGAGAGAGAGAGAGCAUGUACUUGUGUGAUGUCUAUUAAAUAUUUUACAUUACAUGAUCUACCAUUUCAUGUCUAUAAUUUUUAGGUAAACCUAUUUAAAUGAAGAUGAAGAGAAUUGUAUGAUGUCAUUGUUGCACUGGUGCUUUUUUUGGCAAGCAAAGCAAUAAAGAAAUUUAAAAAAUG